AUGGAAGUCACCAAGAAGGUGGGGGGCCCUGAUCCAUCAGGCCCCCAGGGCCACUCCUUGGCCAGCAGCCAGCAGGUAGGGGGUGGCCUCAGAGGGUCCCAGGGGCAAUGGAUAAACCCGGGAUCCCUCUACAUCAGGCAGGGGUUGUCAAUGUCCACCGAGGCUGUUAUUGAUGGGGUCUGUGGUCCAGCCUCACAGGCCCAUGCCGCUGAGCCCAUUCACCAGCUACUCCGGGACUCUGCCCAGGCUAGUUCCCAGUACGGCUGUGGGCAGGCCUCCCAAGAUGCCCCAAGAAUUUCCCCCACUGGCCCGCUUCAGAACCCCAUCGUGGGAGCCCAGCCACAUCUCAUCAUGGAGGAUGGGACCCUGGCCCUACCCGUGUGCAGGCACAGUGACAGCACCACCAGUGACAUGACCCAGCACGGACCCUGCCGCCCUCAGCUUCAGGUGCAGACUGGGGGGGAGGGCAAGGCUCCAGCCAAAGUUCUGGUAGGCUGGGGCAAAGGCCCUGGCUGCCCCGAUCAGAUGGCCUCCUUGGGCACCAGGAAGAGCCGGUGGCUACCCUACAUCCCCUCUGGAGAAGAUGCAGCAGCUGUAGCCCAGAAUCCUCUCCCAGCUCCAGCUCAGGCUCCUGCUCAGGCUCCAGCCCAAGGUCAGGGCCAGGGCAACCCUUCAUGUCCAGCUCAGACUCCUGACCUGGCUAUAGCUUCUUCUCCAUCACUGGCACCUACAGCUCUGGCUCAUGCUACUACCCCAGCUCUGGAUGUGACUCCAACACCUGCUGCAAUUGAACCUUACACCUGCAUCCUUGACCAGCCAGGUGACCCCGUUGCCAUCACCAAGAGCCUAUCCCAAGACCUCCUGCUCAGGAAGUAUGGCAACCAAUGGUCAGUCCUCUUGGAGUCUUCUAAAAUAGGCAUAUGCUCCCAGGAUAAAGUGAGUUUCCAGUCUCAGGAGGAGCCUUCCAACCCAGCACCCACUCCAAAAGAGAUCCCAGACCAUACCCAGGAACACGAGGUUGCCAGAAGGCAAGUGCCACCUGAGCAGCCCGAGAAUCCUGCAGAGAAGUCCCUAGUCUCUACCUCCAGGCCAGGCAGCCCAACAGAACACCCAGAGCCCCCAGGCACCCCCAAGCCCCAGAAGAAUAACCAAGAGGUGUGCAGCCCUCAGACAGACCAGCAGCCCCCCAACGUUGGCAACAAUACCUGCUCCAAUGCCUACCAAAGCUGUAAGCAGCCCCCAGGCCAGUCUCCCAGGGAAGCUGUGCCGAUCUCUCCCUCCAAUGCCCCCACCUGCCAGCUUCAGGAAGCCAUGGAAGACCGUGUGCUAGUGUUUGAUAUGGCCACAGGCAACACCAGGAUAGGGCUGCUGUGCCAUGAUCCCAUGGGCUCACGGGCAGUGCUGGUGGGUCUUGUGCCUAGCCACCCGUCCAUCUACAUCCCUGAGAAUAUGCUGCCCACUCGGCCAUUGGCCAUGCCCAUCCUCUCUCCUGACAGCCAUCGUUCCAGCUUCUGGUCUACCACACCCAUGCUGUCCAGCCCUGUGCCCUCCAGCCUCUCAUCUGGCAGCUACCGAGAGGUGGCCCUUGUUCCUAAGGAGGCCAGGCUCAACCUGGAAACCCGGGACUCCCCUGGUACUGACACACCUAUCAGGGUCGGGAUGUUUGCUGGGCCCAUCCCACUGGGGAUGCCCCACCAAUUUGGGGAGAGGAUACUGACCCACGUUCCUGAUCCUGGCCGGUCCAAACCUGAUGCUGAAAAAAAUGAACCCAGUCAUACCAUCUGGAUGCUGGAUGCCUCCAGGAUGCCAGACACCUCCAGGAUGCCAGAUGCCUCUGUGGUCCAGAUCAAGAAACUGCAGUGGAUGAACUCAGGGCAGACCCCAGAGCCUGCUCCACCAGCCAAUCCCCAGGAGGUACCCAGAUCCCUGCCCCAGGAGGACAUGAGCAGCCACAAACAGGAAGAGGUCAUUACUGCACAACCCAACAACCUUCAGGUCGAACGUGCUGGACAGGCCUCCCUCACUGGUCAGCCUCCACAAGCCGAGCCGCACCCCCUUGCUAGGCAGACCCUCCUUGCUGGUCAGCCUCCCUCUGCUGAGGAGCACCCCCUGCCUAGUAAGCCCUGCUUUACCAAGCAUCACCCCCUUACUGGUCGGCACCCCCUGCCCAGGCAGACACCCUUUGCCAGGCAGUUUCCUCUUACCAGGCAGGCACCUCUCCCUGGGCAUCCCCCCCUUUCCAGAGACACCCCCAUCACCAAAGAGCCCACUCUCUCAAGAGGGAUUCCCAUCACCAGGGAGCCUGCCCAGGCCUCUAUCCUGUGCCAGGAAGGUGAGCCUGUGGGCCUGCCUACCCACGUGGGGGUACUUCGGGUGCCACUGGCCCCUGAGGAGGCCUGUAUCUAUAUGAGCAGAGACAAAAUCGGCAUCAGCAUGGGCCAAAACUCUAGGGCACUUCAGCUUCCAUCCUGGCAACCUGGCAGCCGCCCCAGGGCCCAGGAGGAGCACCUUUCCCUGAUCACGUUCACCACGCCUGGAAAUGACUGUAAAGUCUUUCCCAUGGCUAUGGUGGGCACCGAGUCCCAGGAUGCCCGGCUCAAGCUAGCAGCUGAGGACAUCACAUACUCAUCCAUGGUCACACACCUUGGCCUGCUCCGUGGGACCUGCUAUGAGCUGGUGUCCACCAUGGGUACUGUGCCAGUGCAGUCCCCAGUGCUCUGCCGCCACUCGCUGGGCCCCUACCAGGACAUGGCAGCCGUGGUGAUUGACACAGGAACAGGCUUCACCAAAUGUGGGCUGGCUGGAGAAGACCAUGUCCUCAGCGUGGUGCCCUCACACGUCCAGCUGCUGCAGCACUCAGCCCAGGGCCAGCCCCAGUAUGCAGUGUCUGAGAACCGAGAGGACUCCUGCCCGGUGCUGAACCGAGGUGUGGUCUCUGACUGGGAUGCACUGGAAGUUCUGUGGCAGCACCUGUUCUACUGCCGGCUGGGCGUGCAGCCCGAGGAGCUGGCUGUGCUUGUGGCUGACUCGCCCAUCUCUCCACGUACCAACAGAGAAAAGGUAGCGGAGGUACUCUUUGAGCAUUUCCACGUGCCAGCCAUGCAGACAGUGCAUCAGGCCCUGCUGGCACUCUACGCUUAUGGACGCACCACUGGACUGGUGCUGGGCAGCGGUCAUGGCACCUCUUAUGUGGCACCCAUCCUCACUGGGGACCUGGGUCCACUUGACACCUACCGCCUGGACGUGGCUGGUGCCGACCUCACUGAGUAUCUGGCUCAGCUGCUGCUGGCAGGUGGCCAAACACCACCCAAGGCAGGGCUGGUCAACCAGAUUAAGGAGGCCACCUGCUAUGUGGCCAUGGAUGUGGCAGCUGAGAUGGCCCGCAUCCAGGCCCAGGCCCGGGUGGACUUUGUGCUCCCUGAUAAGCAGGUCAUCACAUUGGGCUCCGAACGCUUCUCCUGCCCGGAGGCCCUCUUCCAGCCCAGCCUGUUAGGCCUCAACCAGCCGGGUCUCCCCCAGAUGGCCCUCCUAAGCAUCAGCCGGCUGGAGGCCAAGCAGCAGGAGCAGCUGCUGGCCAACGUGGUGCUAGAUGGUGGCAGCACCCUGGUCAGUGGCUUCCCUGAGCGCCUGAGACAUGAGCUGGGCCCUGGUGCCACUGUGCUGGGCUCUCCUCACCGAGCUGUUGCAGCCUGGCUUGGGGGCUCCAUCAUGGCAUGCCGUGACUCCUUUCAGAGCCUGUGGCUCAGCCGCCGUGAGUAUGAAGAGGAGGGCCCAUGGGCCAUCUACAAGUACCAGCUGUGA